UUGAUUCCCCGAUCCACCAUGGCCCCCAAGCGCUCCCGCGACGAGACCACCGAUGAGAAGCGGACCACCACAACCACCGAUGCUCCAGUGAAGAAGAGAAAGGGCUUCUCCGUCGGCCCUGCGAACCUGCCCGAUGGCACCUAUCGUCGCAAAGACCUUCAAACUAUAGCCCAGAAGAUCAAGUCCGACUUGAUCCAAAAAGCCAAAGUCAGAAAAGCUUAUGCCAAAGUGCGAGCCGCAGAGCUCGCCGCCGCCCCGUCAAAACCGAGAUACACUGCUGAGGAUGGCGACGAUGCGGAUAAAGAAGACAGAACCCCACAGCCCGAACCUGCGUCUUUGGAGCUUCACCCGGCACGACAGGCUAUGUUAGAUCAACCCGCCCCGGAGCCGGAGCCCACCCCUAGGCCACAGCGCGCGGAUAGGCGAGAUGCGAAGGGUCGUCGUGAGCGGAAACCGAAGCCCUCUGCCUUCAGCAAGGAGAUGGAGAUUGCGGAAAAGCGCCGACAGGAGGCAGAGAAGCGGAAGGAGGCGCGCGAGUUCAGACAGAAGGAUCGCGAGGCCAUGGCACGGGCUAGGCGGCCGGAUCAGCAGGGCAAGAGGAGACUGGGAAGGGAAAGCAAGGUGCUGCUGAGUCGCGUGGAACGAAUGGUUGGACAGGCUUAA